AUGAAGUACCUUCACGAUCACAAUGAGUCCCAGAGUAUCCAUUCCCACGCUCACAUAUUCAGCGCCGACACCAUCCCUACCGAUCGAUUUCCAGACAGCAAACUAGCUACGCAUCUGACAUAUUCUACAUCCACCGUCAGUGUAUUUGCAGCUGAGGUAACCACCUACAAAGCCCUCUUUGAGGAAUUCAAACGGCACUUGGCCCUCUUUACUUUAGCAUCUACAACUCAUGUCACUACCCACGAAAAUCCAGCAGCCGCCCUUCCAGCCAGGGCCCCAUUCGAUAGAGAACUUUUUGCCCAGAUCAGGGCCAACGCUCUCAAAGGCGCCAAUGCCAGCACCAAGGAAAAAGAUCUCGCCCGCACUUAG